CCGCCAUGCUGUUGCUGCUGCUGCUGCUCUUGGCGCUGUCGCAGCCGCGUAGCCAAGAAGGGCCUCACCCGCGUCCGCAGAUGGUGAUAGAUGUUCACAUGCAGCGCGCUCUGGAAGAGCGCCAAGUCAUGGAGGUAGUCGACCGCCCACUCGAUGCCUUGCAGCCACGCGUCCUGAUACUCGGGGAGGUUAUCGUCAGCUCUGUUGGUGGUUUUGCGUGAUAGAGGGGUCAGCCAACUUCUCUCUUCGAGCCA